AUGGCACGUACCAAGCAAACCGCUCGCAAGUCUACUGGCGGCAAAGCCCCAAGGAAGCAACUGGCAACCAAAGCUGCUCGCAAAUCUGCUCCGGCCACCGGAGGAGUGAAGAAGCCACAUCGUUUCAGGCCAGGAACCGUCGCACUCCGCGAGAUCCGCAAGUACCAGAAGAGCACUGAGCUUUUGAUCCGCAAGCUUCCUUUCCAGCGUCUUGUUCGUGAGAUCGCUCAGGAUUUCAAGACUGACCUCCGUUUCCAGAGCUCCGCCGUGUCGGCACUCCAGGAAGCAGCUGAGUCGUACCUUGUUGGACUCUUUGAGGACACUAACCUCUGCGCUAUUCAUGCCAAGCGUGUCACUAUCAUGCCUAAGGAUAUCCAGCUCGCUAGGCGUAUCAGAGGCGAGCGUGCUUGA